UUAUUUGACCGAUUAAGGUUUAUCAUACUGCAAGUAUUGCUCACUGAUUCCUAAUUCCAUUUGUCUAUAUAUGAUACAUGUAAAUUGGUUAGCACCUACUUACAUACUAUUUCGAUUAAUUCUACUGUUUACAUUGCAACACGGUUCAAUACAAAAGAUUACAUAAGUUCCUUUUCCGAUAGUGUCAAUAGUCGUCGAACAUCCGAUGGAGACGGUACCGGAAGAAAAAACUAUGGAGAGUAAAAAAACACAACGAGGCUUAACUUUAAGUGAAUUAGUUCAGAAUUUCGAAAAGAGUUUAGGAUUCAAAAAUGAGAUUAAGUGGACGAGUUUUAUUUUUAUUACGCUUUAUCAUGUGUUAGCUGUGUAUUGGUGUUAUCACUACGCGCUCCCAGCGAAAUGGCAGACUCUUGUUUUUGCGUUCAUUAUGUAUGUAGCAUCUGGAUUCGGUAUUACUGGGGGCGCACACCGGCUUUGGACUCACAAAUCUUAUAAAGCAACGACUCCACUCAAACUAUUCCUGCUAUUAUGCUUCUCGAGUGCAGGCCAGAACUCUCUUCUCCAUUGGGUUCGUGACCACAGAGUCCAUCACAAAUACAGCGAUACAGAUGCAGAUCCUCACAACGCGAACCGAGGUUUAUUCUUCUCGCACAUAGGCUGGUUGAUGAUGAAGAAGAACAGUGAAGUUAUUCUCCGCGGCAAGCAAAUGGACAUGAGCGAUAUUGAAAACGAUCCUCUUAUACAGUUUUAUGAAAGGAACUUCAACAUGCUCAAACUCGUUUUCUGCUACGUCCUGCCGACGGCGAUCGGUGUUGUACUUUGGAAUGAGGACUGGAAGUGUGCUGUAGCGUGGCAAUGCUUUAUCAGAUUUCUCGGAAUGUUCCACAGUGAACUCACUGUCAACAGUCUGGCCCAUGCCUACGGAUACAAGCCUUAUAACAAAAACAUAGUCCCUGCCGAAAACCGCUUCGUGGCAACAUGUACUCUUGGUGAAGGCUGGCAUAACUACCACCACGCCUUUCCUUUUGACUACAAAGCAGCAGAACAUUUCGACAUGUUUAAUUUCGCCACCGCCUUUAUCCGAUUCUUCGAGAAAAUUGGCUUGGCUUAUGACCUAAGGGAAGCUAGCGCAGAUGUUAUCAACUCCAUGGCUGACAGAUUAGGUGAUGGAACACCAGUACAUUUCCCACUAUCCGAAAAUAAACUAAGCGAGAGAUCGGCUGGAUGAAAAGGCACCACUCAAGAUUAAACGAUAAAUUAAAAUACUGUCGUUUUUAUUGUAUUUUAAACAGAAAGUCGACGAAGUAGUCGACAAUGUAUUAAGAACUUAAAAUAGUAACAUAUUACUUAAUUAAUAAACAAUUAAAAGGAAAUUAAAAUUAAA